AUGUCCCUUACCAGUCAUGGAGCCUCCUCUCUGGAACACACGGAAUCCCCUGUGCUCAGCCCCACAGCCUGGCUCCAGAGCCUUGGAGGCCCUGGAGUCCAGUUGCUGCUGCUGCUGCUCAAUGCCAGGUUGGCCUGGAAGGCUGUGGGCUCCCAGCUGCGGAGGGCCCUGGAUGAAGCGGAUGAUCUGGACCGUUUCGGUUCAGGCCAGGCUGUAAAAGCUGAUCUGGCAGUUGCUCCCCUCACCAUCACCCAUGUCCGGGAGAAAGUGAUAGACUUCUCCAAGCCCUUCAUGACUCUGGGAAUCAGCAUUCUGUACCGAAAGGCCAAUGGAACCAGCCCCAGCGUCUUCUCCUUCCUGAACCCGCUGUCUCCUGACAUUUGGAUGUACAUCCUCCUUGCUUACCUGGGAGUUAGCUGUGUGCUUUUUGUGAUUGCCAGGUUCAGCCCUUAUGAAUGGUAUGAUGCUCAUCCCUGCAACCCUGGGUCAGACAUUGUCGAGAACAAUUUCACCCUUCUCAACAGUUUCUGGUUUGGAAUGGGAGCACUGAUGCAGCAAGGUUCUGAGCUGAUGCCCAAAGCUCUGUCCACUCGGAUCAUUGGGGGCAUCUGGUGGUUCUUCACCCUCAUCAUCAUCUCUUCCUACACGGCCAACUUAGCGGCCUUCUUGACAGUGGAGAGGAUGGAGUCCCCCAUUGACUCAGCCGACGAUCUAGCCAAGCAGACCAAAAUAGAAUACGGAGCGGUAAAGGAUGGAGCCACCAUGACCUUCUUCAAGAAAUCCAAGAUCUCCACUUUUGAAAAAAUGUGGGCCUUCAUGAGCAGCAAGUCCUCAGCUCUUGUGAAGAACAAUGAAGAAGGGAUCCAGCGUGCCCUGACUUCCGACUAUGCCCUGCUGAUGGAAUCCACCACCAUUGAGUACAUCACCCAACGAAACUGCAACCUGACCCAGAUUGGGGGACUAAUUGAUUCCAAGGGCUAUGGGAUUGGCACUCCCAUGGGUUCGCCGUACAGAGACAAGGUCACCAUCGCAAUCCUCCAGCUUCAGGAAGAGGCAAAGCUGCACGCCCUGAAGGAGAAGUGGUGGCGAAGCAAUGGCUGCCCCGAAGAGGAGAGCAGGGAGGCCAGCGCGCUCGGCAUUCAGAACAUUGGCGGCCUCUUCAUCGUCCUGGCUGCCGGCCUCGUCCUCUCGGUCUUGGUAGCUGCUGUGGAGUUCAGCCACAAGCUGCGCAAGACAGCCGAGCGUGAACAGCGGUCCUUCUGCAGCGCCAUGGCUGAGGAGAUCCGGCUGUCACUCACCUGCCAGCAGCGCACGAAGCACAAAUCCCAGCCCCCCAUCAUGGUGAAGACUGACGCCGUCAUCAACAUGCACACUUUCAACGACCGACGGCUGCCCAGCAAAGACAACCGGAUCUGUAGCACGGGGUUGGCCCCGGCCUUCCCCUAGCCAGGAGAGGGGCGAGGACUGGGGCACUGGGAAAAGGCCCCUGAGAAGCAGCCAGCCUUUGAGGAGGACCCGCAGCAGGCGGCCACAACUCCCGCAGCCGGGG